AUGGCCAGCGGCAACGGCGUUGAAGCUCUCAAAGGUACUUGGGACUAUGUCGACGGUGAAAACUUUGAGGAUUUUCUGAAGGAGGUUGGUGUUGGCAUGGUGAUGCGUAAGGUGGCUAAAAACGUCAAGCCUCGCUUAACUAUUAGUGAGAAAGAUGGCAAGUGGACGCUGCGUUCAGAGUCUACUCUUAAAACAACAACGACCGAAUUCAUACCCGGUGUUGAGUUUACAGAAACAACAGCUGACGGACAAGAAGUCACAGGGACCGUUCGAUUUGAAAACGGCAAGUGGAUUCAAAUGAUGCGUGACAAGAAUGGCAAAGAAACAGUAGUGACGCGCUUUAUCAACGAUCAAGGUCAACAACAUGUCACCAUGGAUUGCGGCAAGGUCAAAGCCUACCGGUUGUUCAAGCGCAUCGAAUAG